GGCGGCUGCUGCACUGCCCGGGCCUGCUGGCUGCAAUGUAGCGCCGCCGUGCGCGGCUUUGCAUGGCGCACCAGCCCUCUGCUAGCGCCUUGCGCAAAGUUGCAGGGUUCUGUCCCUUUGGCGGUGGCAGCAUCUGCUCCAAAAAAUCUCUUUCUGAGGUUUUGAUAGAGUUGACAAUGGAGUAUAUAAUGGGGGAGAUCUGCCUCACCUACCCCACAAAUACAAAGUCUUAAAUGCCUUGGAACAUUUCUGUAUCUCCCAUCUAAGACUGGCGUAGGCAUUGUUUGAAAACGGAGAGCUGUAAAGGCAGUUUUCAGGGAGGCAAAGGGUCCAUCGCUAUGGAGCCUGUGAGCAUCGAUAACUUGUCCAUUCUGUACCAAAGUGCGGACUUCAUUGUGGUUAACAAACACUGGGACGUCCGCAUUGACAGCAAAAUGUGGUAUGAAAAGCUCACCCUGCAGAGCCAGUUGAAAUAUCGGUUCCCUGAGCUUGCGGACCCAGACACAUACUAUGGCUUCCGGUUUUGCCACCAGCUGGAUUUCUCCACCAGCGGGGCCCUUUGCGUGGCGCUCAACAAGGCAGCUGCUGGAAGUGCUUACAAAUGCUUCAAGGAACGGAUGGUGACCAAGGCCUACCUUGCGCUGGUGAGGGGCCACAUCCAAGAGGCGAGGAUGACGAUCCACUACGCCAUCGGGAAGAACACGACAGAAGGCUUGACACACAUGAUGUGCAUUGAAGGGACGGAGGGUUGUGAAAACCCCAAACCUUGCCAGUCGGAGCUAACAGUGCUUGAACAUGGCCUUUACAGUGGUGAUCCAGCGACGAAAGUGCUUCUGCAGCCCCUCACAGGAAGAACCCACCAGCUCCGUGUCCACUGCAGCGCCAUUGGGCACCCGGUGGUGGGCGACUUCACGUACAGUUUCAAGAAGGACAGUGGCCCUUACCGCAUGAUGCUCCACGCCUACUACUUGCGCAUCCCGACCAGCAAGGAGCUUAUUGAGGUGAUCGCGCCUGACCCUUUCGUCCCCACCGUGGACAGCAACUGGGCCCCUCGGCGUGCCACGCACCAGCUGGAGGAGCUGAUCCAAGAACUGAAGGACCAGAGUGUCCUGGCGGAGGAAGGCCGUCAGGGGAAUCUGUUUGGAAGCCCAAGCCCUGAGGCUCCGCAGGAAGCCAAGAGCCCUGAGGUGGAGGAGUUGGAGCAGGAGCAGCGAGGGAAAUGUGAGCAGUGGCUGGCCGAGUGGGCCCUGGAAUGACAUGACCCAUGGAUCCCUCGUGGUCGGGAAACCCCGAAUCUUUAUACCUUGUCUCUACCGCUGAUUCCUGCCAGAAGCUUUUCCAGGCCUGACUCCCAACACCUGUCGUCUUGUUCACUCCCAACAUUCCUCGGAAAUGCCUCUGUGAGGGUCGCGUUCCCAAACUGGAAUUUUGACUGUGUGCUUGAUCGGCUUUUUAACCCCGUGCCCUCAAGCUGGCUCGUUUUAGUCGCCGGAUGUGGAAGAUCACGGACUGUGGUCAGACAGGCCAGGUUUGUGCCCUGAUAUUGACACUCUUAAGCCAUUGGAUUAACGCAAUUGGGGGCACUGUCUCUCAGGGUGAUGUCCAGUUAAGUCAUACUUAGAGUAGACCCAUUGAAAUCAGUAGCCUUAAAAUUGCUCAUCAGUAAUACUAAACAUUUUAUUUGUUCCUAUAUAAGCCAUACUAGAGACUUUCAGAGAUGAGCCACAUAGUUGGCUCUGAAUUUCCUAGCAGCCAAUGCAAAUAGAGAGGCACACAAGGUAACAGAAUUUGAUUGAUUGAUUGAUUGAUUGAUUGCAUCAGAUCCCACCUUUUUCUCCAAGGAGCUCAAAGUGACAUAUAUGUGUAUGGUCCUUUCCCAUCUCAUUUAAUCCCCACAACAACCCUGUGAAGUAGGUUUGGCUGAGAGGCAGUGAUUGGCCCAAGGUCACCCAGUGAACUUUAUGGCCUA